AAAUUGUUCACGGCAAAGCGGCGCGCACGUGAUUCCCUUACCGCGUCUACUGCGUUCAGAUCUUCAUUCUUCAGACGUCGUGGUCGUUGUACCACUCUCCCGCUCAUCUAUCAACUUUUGUUUACCGACUAUCGUUCUCCGAUAUAAAUUGCAAUUCAAAUACCAUUUUUGAAAAUGGACACCGCCCAUGCUUUACCAGUUCUUAAGAAGAAGAAAAGUAAAAAAUCUAAAGGAUUAAACGAUGAAAAAUCCUUGGGAGAACUCCAAGCUGAAAUCCCCUUCUUUAUAAAACCUUCUGAAAAAGCUGCUACUAUUGAUUCUUCUAAAUGGCCUUUGCUUUUGAAGCAUUUUGAUAAUAUGAAUGUCCGCACAAAUCAUUACACACCGUUGCCAUUUGGAUCAAAUCCCCUGCAAAGAGAAAUUAGAGAAUACAUUAAAGCUGGUUAUAUUAAUUUGGAUAAACCAUCCAAUCCAAGUUCUCACGAGGUAGUUGCUUGGAUUAAGCGAAUGUUAAAAGUUGAGAAAACUGGCCAUUCUGGAACAUUAGAUCCAAAAACUUCAGGUGUAUUGGUUGUAUGUAUCGAAAGAGCAACACGACUUGUUAAAUCACAACAAUCUAGUGGAAAAGAAUAUAUUUCUGUUUUUAAACUUCAUAAUCCAGUGGAAAGUGUUCUUCAGAUUAAAAAAACACUGGAAUCUUUGCGUGGAGCUCUUUUCCAACGCCCCCCUUUAAUUGCAGCUGUAAAACGUCAAUUGCGUAUUCGUACUAUAUAUGAAAAUAAACUAUUGGAUUAUGACGAAGAAUCAAAUAUAGGAGUAUUUUGGAUCAAGUGUGAAGCUGGUACUUAUGUAAGAACACUGUGUGUUCAUAUGGGUCUAAUGUUGGGAACUGGAGGUCAAAUGAUAGAACUUAGAAGAAACCGUUCUGGUAUUACAAGUGAAGAAGAAGGCCUUGCAACAUUACAUGAUGUUUUGGAUGCGCAGUGGAUGUAUGAAAACAAUAAAGAUGAAUCUUAUUUAAGAAGAGUAGUUAGGCCACUCGAAGGCAUACUAACAAAUUACAAACGUGUAUUUGUUAAAGAUAGUGCCAUAAAUGCAAUUUGUUAUGGAGCUAAAAUUAUGUUGCCUGGAUUAUUACGGUAUGAUGAUGGUAUUGAACUGAAUAUGGAAAUUGUCAUUGUUUCUUCUAAAGGAGAAGCUGUGGCUUUAGGUGUUGCAUUGAUGACAACAGCUACAAUUUCAAGUUGCGAUCAUGGUAUUAUUGCCAAAAUCAAAAGAGUAUUAAUGGAUCGAGACACCUAUCCUCGUAAAUGGGGACUGGGACCAAUGGCUAGUACUAAAAAGACCAUGAUUAAAGAUGGCUUAUUAGAUAAAUACGGUAAACCAAAUGAGAAUACCCCGGACAAUUGGAAACAAACAUUUUACAAGGAGCCAAUUGAAAAAAUGAAGACUGAAGGUGAAAGUGAAGAAAGUAAAAAAAGAAAACGACAGAGUACACCACUGGAUGACGCGUCUCAAAUAACGGAAGAGACAAAAGUAAAAAAGAAAUCAAAGAAAGAAAAGAAAAUUAAGAAAGAAAAAUUGGAUGUGGAAGAAGAAAAUUGAACGGAUAAGAUUGGACAACUAAAGAUGGAUGAAGAAGAAAUAAGAAAACAAAGUUUUGAUAACCAUAAUUUGUUGUUCUUAAAAAAAAAUAAAUAUUUUUUUAAUAUGAAAUAUUGAGUUAUAAUCGAGUUGGUUGAUGAAGAAAUGCAUAAUGUAUUUAUACAUAAAACAAUAUUGUUAUUACAUUUGAAUUGAUAACUUAUUUUUAUGCAAUUA